CUAGUGUUUCACCGGUCGCCUCCUUUUCUCUUCUCUGUUCUCCCUUUUCCUUCGAGUCCAACCAUGGUCGCCGCCCUUCACCCUUAACCUUGACCAGCAAAAAUCAUCCCCCACUCCAAAAUCGAUUUCAAAUUUACCUCAAAACCCUUAACCUUGGCCGCAUCUCUUCAAUUUUUUUCGAUUUCAAAUUGAUUUUGGUCAGUCGGCUCCACUCCGGUCAGUCGCUUACGAUUGUAGCUCCACUCCGGUCAAUCGGCUCCGGCACGCGACGCAACCCUCUCAAAUCUGAAGCCUUACAGGCUUACUCAGUCGUCCGCUUCUCCGGUCGAAGUCGUCUAAACCCUAAUUCUUCAUCUUACAAUCAAUCCACCGGCCGCAACCCAAGCACCCGGUGCACCGCCAUUUCCACCACCAUUUGCUUCAGAGGUUUGUGUUUAAUUGUCCUUACAUCUGUUCCGAUUUCUUUUGAACUUAAAAACACAAAAAGAUCACAUAAGUUUGAGAAGCUUGUGCCUGUCGGAUGCUAGUGAUGUUAGGGGUUUUCCUUUCUGAGAUAAAAGAAAUAAUAAUCAAAAUGAUUUUACUGUAAAUGCGUUAUUUUUUGUUUCACUCGGCAUGUCUGAUCAGAGGUCAGUACGAUCAGAGGUCAGGUUGAUUAUGAUGCCUAGGGUAACUUUGUUUUCUGCUAUGCGAUUAUUAUUUUUGACGAGUUCUGAGCAACUUUGUUUCUUCCUAGAUGAAGUGUAUUUCGAGAAUUAUUGCAGUCUAGGCAAACAAUUCGACGUCCUGAAAUGCUUUGUGAAGUCAUCAUUGACGAUUGCAUGCCCUUUUGAUGAACUUUUCUUAGUUUGUUAGUUUCCAUCUUUCACAAGGCAUAUUUUGUAUCCUGUUCAAAUGAGUGCAUUCUUUGCUUCUCUAGUUUCCGUGUCUGUAGUCAGCUAAGCGAUUGUUCCCGUUUAGGUUUGCAAUGUUUAUGGCCAAAAAUCAGUGAACUGCAGACACUCAGGCUGAGUUUCUGAGGAUUAGGUAGUGAAAAUGCCGCUUGGUCUGAUUCAAGCGUUAGGAAGAUCGAUAUAUAGGAGGAAGCGCACAUCUUCGCUUGACAUUCUCACAUCCAAAAGGGGUCCUCGGGAUUAUUACAAGGGGAAGAAUUGCAAGCCCACUGGUUUUCACACCCGCAAAGGUGGGUAUGUUGUUGUGCCAGAAAAACUCCCUAAUUAUGUGGUUCCAGAUUUGAGAGACUUCAAGGUGAGUUGUAGCAGUGCGUUCAUACUCUUUUGAUACGAGGAAAUGUAAAAUAAAAAUGGUACUCUUAAAUGAUCAUAUCAGACUUCAAGGUGAGUUGUAGCAGUGCGUUCAUACUCUUUUGAUACGAGGAAAUGUAAAAUAAAAAUGGUACUCUUAAAUGAUCAUAUCAUUCGCAGUGUGGGUUAUAUAACCCGUGCAUGUAUUCCUGUUUAAUUUAACAGCAGCUGAAUGUUAUCAUAUGAGAAUUAGCUAAAACCAUAGUGUGACUAGGAUCUUAUUAUACCUUGUUGAUAAAAGACACUUGAGUGAUCUUGUUCUUUCAAAUGGAUGUUUGAGUCGUUUCUAUUGCAUUGUGCAUUCUGAUGUAACUAUUAGCUAUUAAGCUGCAGAUAGAUUUUGUUCUUUUACUUUAAAACACAACUUCUGAGCUGAUGCCUUGUAUCUCUGUUUUGGUGGAUAUUUACCUUGGUUAGUAAUGGCACUUAUAAUGGGUUACACUCCACAAUGGUUCUCUUAAAUAGAUCUUUAGCAUCUCUGUUAAAGAAUGCAUACUUAUUUGGUAAUGCGAAGGUAUGAUCUUCAAAUUUGCUGAAUGUAUUUGUAGUCUUUGAUGCUACUGAUUCAAACAAGUGAUUGAUUCUUUUUGGGUGAAACAAUUCAAUCAACUUGGUUUUCAAUUCUACAUUAGCUCCAUCCUUCUUACAUACCUGCUUAUCUUGUUUGUUUUGCAGCUAAAACCGUAUGUAUCUCAGUGCCCAAGAGAAGUUAAAGCCUCCGAGGCAGCUGAUUCUUCCAAAUAACAUCUCCAUGUUGAGGAACCUUUUUUGAUCAAUUUAUAUGGUUAUGCAUGUGCGUAGGCAAUAUGGCAAUAUUAGUACUCAUGACAUGUUUGAUCAUAACCUGUUUUCCCAGGAUGUAGAACAAUAGUUGAUGCGCAGCAUGGUUGAAUGCCCUGGUUUGUUAUUGUAGGGUUUAAAAUGUG